UGGCGUUGUCAUGGCGCUGUUUGUGGUGGGUGCCAUCUACCUGGUGUGCCAGCGCGUCCUCUGUCCCCAGAUGAAGGACGACAGGGAGACGGUAACCAAUGACCUGGUGGUCCACGGGCCCUCUGUUUCUCUGGGUUAUGUACCUCACCCUGCCUCUCUGUCCGGGUCUCUGCCAGGUAUGUCCAGGGGGAAGUCUGUGAUUGGUUCGUUGAGCAUCAUGGGCGGGUCCAGCGGCCCCCCUUACGACCGCGCCCACGUGACCGGAGCCUCCUCCUCAAGCUCCUCCUCCACCAAGGGCACUUACUUCCCCCCGAUCCUGAACCCUCCUCCGUCUCCAGCGACUGUCAGGUCUCAGUAUACCAUGGAGUUUGGCUACUCCUCCAACAGCCCGUCAACACACCGUUCAUACAGUUACCGUCCCUACACCUACAGCCACUUCGCUCCUCCCACAACCCCUUGCUCCACGGACUUCGCUCCUCCCACAACCCCUUGCUCCACGGACGUCUACGACAGCGACUACACCCCCGGACGCCGCGCCCCGCCCACUUCUAACUCCGGCGUCGCCAAAGGUUACACCAGCGACCUGAACUACGACUCGGAACCCUUUCCCCCGCCCCCAACGCCCCGCAGCCAAUACCUGUCAACGGAGGAGAACUGUGAGAGCUGCCCCCCCUCCCCCUAUACGGAGCGCUCCUACUCUCACCACCUCUACCCCCCGCCCCCCUCACCCUGCACAGACUCCUCCUGAAACCCCUCGCUGUGUACAGAACAAUUGUUGAUAUUGUGUUUCUAAAAGAGGGGGGGGGGGGGAGAGACGGAGGAGGGAGGAAGGAGGCUGUUGACGAGGGGGAGGGAUGUACAGAACAUUUGAAAAGAGAAACACAGGAAGCUCGUUCGGGGUGGAAGAGCGAGCUCCGGGAACAUUUUGUACAUUUUAAAAAAUAGACAAAAAAUGCAUAUUUAUAUAUUUUCUAUACAGCGUUUACCGGAUACGCCAUAGAGGUUUGUAUUCAAACAUUUGUACAUUUUCUUUUUUUUUUUAAGAAAACGUUUUAUUAAAAUCAUCACAAACAUGAUAAGUUGCCUUAAAUCCAGAAGAGACAAACAGGUUGUUUUACUGGAGGAACAUUCAGCACGUAGAUGGAACUAUCUGACGCCAAAUAACACGCCGUUACAACGCUAGGAACGAGGAGAGGAUGGAGGAUGACGCCCCCUGGAGGCGACAGACAGCUACUGGCCGUUGGAACGAGGAGAGGAUGGAGGAUGACGCCCCCUGGAGGCGACAGACAGCUACUGGCCGUUGGAACGAGGAGAGGAUGGAGGGAGGGAGGGGUGAGGCAGGAUGACGCCCCCUGGAGGCGACAGACAGCUACUGGCCGUUGGAACGAGGAGAGGAUGGAGGAUGACGCCCCCUGGAGGCGACAGACAGCUACUGGCCGUUGGAACGAGGAGAGGAUGGAGGGAGGGAGGGGUGAGGCAGGAUGACGCCCCCUGGAGGCGACAGACAGCUACUGGCCGUUGGAACGAGGAGAGGAUGGAGGGAGGGAGGGGUGAGGCAGGAUGACGCCCCCUGGAGGCGACAGACAGCUACUGGCCGUUGGAACGAGGAGAGGAUGGAGGGGUGAGGCAGGAUGACGCCCCCUGGAGGCGACAGACAGCUACUGCACCAUGGCACUCUGCAUCCUGGGCAGCAAUUUUGUAGUGGAUCAGUGAUCGCCGUAGUAACCAGUCAGCUGGUUUCCAUAGUAACAGACAACAAGGUGUACUGAGUGAUUUGAGCUCCUUUUAAUGGUUUCCUGGUUUUCCAGGACUUCCUGUCUGCCUUUCGGCAUGUAUUGCUUCAACUAGGUACUACAUAUUAUACAAGGUCCUUAUCAGUCAUCUAACAGGGUACAUACAGAACCUCUGACCCGACCCAGGACCCCUCAUCACUACCACAUCACUCCUGACCCGACCCAGGGCCCCUCAUCACUACCACAACACUCCUGACCCGACCCAGGGCCCCUCAUCACUACCACAACACUCCUGACCCGACCCAGGGCCCCUCAUCACUACCACAACACUCCUGACCCGACCCAGGGCCCCUCAUCACUACCACAACACUCCUGACCCGACCCAGGGCCCCUCAUCACUACCACAACACUCCUGACCCGACCCAGGGCCCCUCAUCACUACCACAACACCCCUGACCCGACCCAGGGCCCCUCAUCACUACCACAACACUCCUGACCCGACCCAGGGCCCCUCAUCACUACCACAUCACUCCUGACCCGACCCAGGGCCCCUCAUCACUACCACAACACUCCUGACCCGACCCAGGGCCCCUCAUCACUCCUGACCCGACCCAGGGCCCCUCAUCACUCCUGACCCGACCCAGGGCCCCUCAUCACUACCACAGCACUCCUGACCCCACCCCGGGCCCCUCAUCACUACCACAACACUCCUGACCCCACCCCGGGCCCCUCAUCACUACCACAACACUCCUGACCCCACCCCGGGCCCCUCAUCACUACCACAACACUCCUGACCCGACCCAGGGCCCCUCAUCACUACCACAACACUCCUGACCCGACCCAGGGCCCCUCAUCACUACCACAACACUCCUGACCCGACCCAGGGCCCCUCAUCACUACCACAACACUCCUGACCCGACCCAGGGCCCCUCAUCACUACCACAACACUCCUGACCCGACCCAGGGCCCCUCAUCACUACCACAACACUCCUGACCCGACCCAGGGCCCCUCAUCACUACCACAACACUCCUGACCCGACCCAGGGCCCCUCAUCACUACCACAACACUCCUGACCCGACCCAGGGCCCCUCAUCACUACCACAACACUCCUGACCCGACCCCGGGCCCCUCAUCACUACCACAACACUCCUGACCCGACCCAGGGCCCCUCAUCACUACCACAACACUCCUGACCCGACCCAGGGCCCCUCAUCACUACCAC